UCCAGAUGUAUGCAUAGAGUACGCUUAAAAACUACUCUGUGUCGGGAUUCUGAAAAACGUCCGAGUUUCGCCUCUGUAAAAGUACUCCGUGAUGAAGGUUACAGAAUUUGAAAGUUUUGAUGUAUAUUUUUUUUAGUUUAUGAAAGUUCGACAAAUGAGACGAAAAUCGAAAUAUUAUCUUCGUUAUUUAAAGUAACGGAUAGUCAGGGACUAACAGAUGAUCGCGAAACGUGCAGUCGAAGGAUGAAUUAUUUGAACAAUUCGAUAAGCGGUGGAGUUACGGGUGAUUCUAGCCUCCAAUUGAGUAACGUUGAAGUGUUGUACUCUAAGGUCCAAAGAGUUUAUAUUAAACCACAACAUAAAGAAGAACGUCAGCGUGAGCUUAGAGUUAACGUAGAAGUUCAUGCUGGUCUCAGUCCUGUUUGCCGUAAGAGUUUGUGUGUUUUGUUAGCAGAUGAUGAUGAUCCCUGUUUUCUUUACUCGUUAUUUAUCUCAGAAGAGGAUUUUAAGGUUUUAAAGUCCCAACAGGGGCUCUUGGUAGAUUUUGAUAAUUUUGCGACUCAGUUGAUAUGCUUGUUGGAACAAUGUCAGAUAUCGCCAGGAAAUUUAUCGAAAACACUGCAAAAAUUCUUAUUGUUAUUGGCAGAAGAAGGUGGAGAAUGGAUAUUCAAAUUGGUUGAAACGAAUAAUUUCAAACAUUUGUGUCAUUUAAGUUUAAAUAUUUCACCUGCAAGUGAUUCUAACUUGAAAACUCACAUGGCUAUGAAGAUUAAACAAUUAAAAGAAACUAUUCUGCAGCAGAAUAGAGAUGCUGUUACACUUGAAACGAGAUUAAACGAUUUGUCAAAUAAAUUAGAAAUAAAAACAAGAGAAUUAGAACAAUUGGAUCAUAAAUACAUGACUGAAAAAAAUCAAAUACAAAUGACUACAUCUGAGCAAAUGAGCCUGGAGAAAGACAGAUUUGCUAAAGCUCAAUUGGAAUGGCAAUAUCAGAGUGAAAAAGAAAAAGCAGAGGUAGAACGAAGACAUACGGAAAUUAUAAAACAACUUCACACGGAACUUGCAGAGUUGCGUACGCAAAAUUUAACAUACAAAGACAAGAUAUCCCUUCUCGAAGCAACGAGUAUAGAACAAAUUAAGCAGAUACAAAACGUUGAAAAAGAACUAAACAUAGCUCAGAGAGAUUUAAAUUUACUGAAAAAACAAAAUUCCAAACUAGAUACGGAUUACCAUGAAAAAGAAAAAACUGUGAAUAGUUUAAAAACGAAAGUAGCCGUACUCGAACAAGAAUUAAAAGAUAAAGGUAUUCUUACAAGUAAACAUACGGAGAUGUUGAAGACAGCAAAGGAACAAAAACAACAUCUGGAAGAUCUUUUAACAGAGAAAGAAGGCCAGUUACAACGUAAACAAAAUUCUUUACGAAAUUUAAGCGACGAACUAGUCAAAGCAAACGAGAUAUUGACUAAAUUGCAAAAUGAACUUGCUUCGACUAAAUCUAAAUUAAAACUACGGACUAGCAUAGCGCUAGAGCAAGAACGGUUGUUGGAUACUAAACAAAAGGAGGUUGGUCAAUUAGAAAGCAAAAUGGAAAGUUUAAUUAAAGAAGCAAAAGAUGCCAAGAUGGAGGUUGAACAUUUGAGAGAACAACUCAAAAUUCAACAAAAUCAAUUGGAAGAAAAGGAAAGAACAAUAAAAAAUAAUGACAAUGUAAUUAGUUGGUUAAAUCGACGAUUAGCGGACAACCAGUCUCCGUUACAAAGUGCUACGAUAGCAGCGCCAAUUACUGUACCUUCUUCGGUUCAAUUGACAUUGCCUAGAACAAAUAAAUUAAUGACCAAUAAAUUUGAAACACGUACGCCCGCUCCCAGUAUAGCGCAGUCGAAUACAUUAUCUGGAUUGCCAAUGAGGAAUCCAAUUGUGCAAAAUCCAAAUAUAAAUCAGACUACGCGCAUGACAGCGCGAUCGAUGGGAGUUGGCAUCACCGAUAGUACAAUAGGGAUAACAACGUUCAAUAAAACUGGUCAAAUUUCGAGUACUAGUACACCUAUGGAACGUAUCAAUUCUUUAAACAAGUUACCAGGAAAUGUUGCGGGAUCUUCGUCGAUGCCAGCUGUCAUAGAAGACAACAAUUCGUCUGUACCGUCAAAUGGUACGAAAGGAAAAAGUACAAGUGUUACGCAUCAGGGCGGAUUAAGAAGGGCAGGUUUAUCCGACAAACCAAUUUUACCGUCGGCAUAUUUUCCAAAAACUUUACAUUGAUCGGAAACCCAAACAGGAUUGCCAGUAUAAAGACAAAGUAGUAGUAUACACACGUCAAAGAUGUAGUAUUGCCAUGGAAAAGAAACGUUACAGACUGAAAUAAAAUGUAAGAUGAACUGGCAAUAUUUCAAAUUUGAUGUUAAAUGACAGUACAAAAUAGUUACUCGAAUAAUAAGUAUUAUCGAAAGAUAUUUUAGGUAACAAGUUUGAAGAUAACGUUUUGAUAAGUUUAUACGCACGUAUCGUAAAAAAGUUGUACAGAUACUUAUUUUCUUACAUUUCGAUAAGAAUGUUCUAAACGUACAUAAAAGUAUUUUUAUUACAAUAAUUGAAUUCUGUAACGGUGAAAAUAUUUGGCUAACUGCUCAUUUACAACAGGAAUUUCAAAAUUCUGCAUACAUAACGUGUACCUGUAUUCAUAAUAUUAACACUUCUAAAAUAGUCAUGCAAUUUGAAAGCAAUAUACGUAUGUCGCAUAUAUUAUUACAAGAAAUUAAACAAAAUAUACAUUAAUUACACAUGUACAGCAUUUUUUGUACAAUGCUGGAUCAAUGUCAAAGAUGCUUUUUCAUCACUCUAAACUUUAAUAAUGAUUGUUUCAUUAUUGUGUAUUGUAUGUAUAAAAAUUUGUAUGUUUAACAUGUCAUGUAAUGAUUCGAUUACUGUUUCGACUUCUUUUGAAAUUAAGAUAUCUUAUUAUCUAUGAUAUGCGAUCAUAUGUUAUAAAAUCAUAACCUUAUUUUGUGAAUAGGUACCUGGAAAAAUGUUAAUUGUAGAUUCCGAAGAUUAUGUAAAUAUUGUUCGUUAUGAAUUUUUUAAAGCAUAAAGUUUCAAACUUUAACAUAACGAACAAAAGUAUUGAAUAGUUAUAAUUAUGAAAAUCAAUGUGCCUUGUAAUACGAAUUAGACUAGAAAAAUUCAUACCAUUUCAUUUAAAAUUUACACUUAAUAACAUUCACAUAAUAAUGUUUUAGAAUGUCUACAUAUUUUUUAUAUAUGAAAUAUACUUGAACACCUUAAUUAUGAACAAAUCAAUAUAAGUAUUACGCAACUUAAUUUAUAAUUAUUUAUAAAAAAAAUGGUAGUACAAAUGAAAUUAACGAGAAAAUUUAAAAAUGAUGUGAUGUUGAUAAAUGUAAAUGUGUUACGGGCAUGUAAGAUUGAUAAGCCAGAACAACCAAGAAUCUCUUUUUCUUGUUCCAAGUUCUAUUUUGCUCACACAAUUGAUUUAUACAAAUUUUGAUUAUUCUAGAUAUUUGUUUAAAAAUGUGAAUUAUUUCUAGUUUAUAAGGUAUUCGAUAACGUUGAUAUAUCUCAU